CCUUCCAAUCCCACUAAAAAGCGACUAGUGGAUUUUGGUUUUGUUUUCUCUUCUUCUCCUUUCUCCUCCUCCCGCUGUCACACCACUUUUACACAGUUGUAGUUGCAGAAACACACCCACACAGAGAAACCAAAUACGAAUCAUUUCUAGUAAUAGAAGAACAAUGGAGAGAGUUAAGGAAAUGGGGCAAUCCAAAUUCAAAAGGAUUUGUGUCUUUUGCGGUAGCAGUCAAGGCAAAAAAACUAGUUAUCAAGAUGCUGCUAUUGAGCUUGGCCAGGAAUUGGUGUUGAGAAACAUUGAUCUGGUAUAUGGUGGUGGAAGUAUAGGUUUGAUGGGAUUAGUAUCACAAGCUGUUCAUGAUGGUGGUAGACAUGUUCUUGGAGUUAUUCCCAAGACUCUCAUGCCAAGAGAGAUAACUGGUGUAACAGUAGGAGAAGUGAAAGCAGUUGCAGAUAUGCAUCAAAGAAAAGCAGAAAUGGCUAGGCAAUCUGAUGCCUUUAUAGCUUUACCUGGUGGCUAUGGAACUCUUGAAGAGUUGCUUGAAGUUAUAACCUGGGCUCAGUUGGGAAUACACGAGAAACCGGUGGGUUUACUGAACGUCGAUGGGUACUACAAUUCCUUACUCUCAUUCAUUGACAAAGCUGUAGAAGAAGGGUUUAUUAGUCCAAGUGCACGUCAUAUUAUUGUAUCUGCCCCAACAGCAAAAGAGUUGGUGAAAAAACUCGAGGAAUACUAUCCUCGCCACGAAGGCGUUGCAUCAAAGUUGAACUGGGAGACGGAACAGCUAGGCUACACUCCAAAAUGUGACAUCUCUAGAUGAUUAUGAAGAGAAGCUGAAGUGUUUUGAGAUGUGCAGAAUGGAAAGAGGAGAGGAUAGCAUUUUGACAAAUAGGAAAGGGCAAGCUUGGAAGACCAAAAUAUUUCCACAUUUAGGGGAAUUCUUUUUUUGUAAAUUUAACAACAAGCGGCCUCAAUAUAUGAGAAGCUUCACCUAUAUUCCCUUGUUUUGGUGUUCUUUUUGUUUGGGUUUUCUGUGGGUUUUUUCUUCAGAAAUAUGGUUAUCUUUUGGUCUUUCAAUUAUAGGAUAGGAUGUCUUUUUAACAGCCUUUUUAGUAUAUAUUAAUGACAAAAUUGCCCUUUCCAAAUGCUCA